CCUGAAUCUUCGUUCUGGAGCCAAGCAGAGAAGAAGAAGAGAGAGUCGGAGUCCGAUAGCGAGAGAAGAAAGAAAAUGGCAUGGAGGGGAAGUCUAUCUCGGAACUUAAAGGAGCUUAGGAUCCUACUCUGCCAGUCAUCUCCUUCAAGCGCCACCACCAGAACAUUUGUGGAGAAGAAUUACAAGGAUCUCAAGAGUUUGAACCCCAAAUUGCCCAUCUUGAUUCGCGAGAGCAGUGGGAUUGAUCCUCAGCUAUGGGCUAGAUAUGACUUGGGUGUUGAGAGGGGUGUCCGGCUGGAAGGUUUGACAGAGCAACAGAUCUCAAAAGCACUUGAGGACCUUGUCAAAGUGGGGGAGUCUCUUAAAGCCUGAUGGGACGAUGGGUUUGAAAUGAAAUAAGAUAUGUAUCUUCAUGGGAAAAUCUUUCCUAUAUCCGCAUUUCUUCAGAUCAGUUGUGUAAGAUGAUUAUUUGGGUACUGAGCAAUGCUUGUUCUGUAGUUUGAAUAAGACGUGUAUUUUUAUCUUCCAUUAAGACGGAAAAUCUUCCAGAAAGGAAGUAAUUUUGUGCUGCC